ACUUCCAGAGGGCAAGCGGGAUCACUUUCUGCUGCUGCCCACUGGUCGCUCAGCAGUGACCCUCUCUCUACAUCACGCCUUCAUCUGUCCGAAGGUACCGAGGUGACUGCACUCCCUCAAUGCGAGCAGGAAGCGGAACAGUGCGGUUUUGUCACGUGGGCACCUGUCGGGAGAUCAGCGUAUGCGCAAAGAGUCAGUCCUUAGGGUACGUUCUACAGUCUUGUGUUGCCCCACUGCAACCAACGUCUCCUCUUGCCAAUCUAUCGGACAACAUGGCGAAGACGUCUCAAGUCAAGAAAGACAAUCGUCAGGCAAGUUGUACAUGUUCUGACAUGCAUGAAGAGUGUACACGGACUGCAUUCGGGACUUUUGUGACGCGACAUAAUCGAAUUUUGAAAACAUAGCGGAGGUGACGAGUUUUUAAAACAAUCAGAGACUUGGCGCAGGUGACACUUCACCAGACAACUA